AUGGCAUUCAGCUCUGCCGUUGCUGGUGCCGUUGCUGCUGCCGUUCCCUGCAUUCCGAUCGAGCUCCUUCCCCGAUACUUAUGUGGGCAUGUCGUUGUCCACUUCCAGGGAAAUGAGGACCUUCCAAGUUCUAUCUACGCGCGCCCGGCCGGGCACCCAUUUCCUCGCCCGCGAUCGAUCCCCGCCAUGGCCGCGCCGGUCUUCCUCGUCGUGGUCGCCCUCCACCUCCUCAUCUUCUUCCACGAUGUAGCCCGGGGCGAGAUCAAGACGACGCCGAUCGUGUCCGACUCGCGCGCCGUGGUGCUGUUCGAGGAGUUCGGGUUCAAGCCGGGCGGCGUGGCCGAGGUGUCCGUGUCCGGCGUGUCCUGGAGCGUGCCCGAGGGGUCGUCGUCCCAGCUCCGCGCCGUGGACCCGAGGCUCAUGGGCUUCAUCCUCAUCUCCAACACGCUCUUCUUCAAGAUCACCAACGAGUCCGACUACGCGGAGGAGACCGGCGGCGCCUUCUGCCCGCUCACCAGCGAGUACGUGCUCCCGCUGUUCCGGCUCAAUGACAUCGCGCCGGACGGCAAGGGGAAGGGGUCCGUGACCAUCGCCGCCGCCGAUCAGUACACGGUGCUCUUCAGCAGCUGCCAGGACGGCGUCGAGGUCACCAUGGACGUGCGCACGGAGAUGUACAACAUCCGACGGCCCGGGAGCGGUGGCAGGGAGUAUCUGCCUGUUGGGCUGCUGCCGCUGCCCGGGAUCUUUGCCGCGGCGUCGGCGGUGUACUUCGCGUUCAUGGCGGCUUGGGUGUUCGUGUGCGUCAAGCAGCGGGCCACGGUGGAGCGGAUCCACGUGGUGAUGGGCGCGCUGCUGCUGUUUAAGGGUCUGAAAUUGGCGUGCGCCGCCGAGGACGCGUGGUACGUGGAGCGCACGGGCACCCCGCACGGCUGGGACGUUGCCUUCUACGUCUUCGGCUUCUUCAAGGGCAUCCUGCUCUUCACCGUCAUCGUGCUCAUCGGCACCGGCUGGUCCUUCGUAAAGCCAUACCUCCAGGAGCGGGAGAAGAACGUGCUGAUGAUCAUCAUACCGCUGCAAGUGAUCGAGAACAUCGCGUCGGCGGUGAUCGGGGAGACGGGGCCGGCGGGGAGGGACUGGCUGGCGUGGAACCAGAUCUUCCUGCUGGUGGACGUCAUCUGCUGCUGCGCGGUCUUCUUCCCCAUCAUCUGGUCCAUCCGCAACCUGCGGGAGGCGUCCAAGACGGACGGCAAGGCGGCGCGGAACCUCAAGAAGCUCACACUCUUCAAGCAGUUCUACCUCGUCGUCGUCGGCUACCUCUACUUCACCCGGAUCGCCGUCUCCGCCUUCGCCGCCGUGCUCAGCUACAAGUACCAGUGGGUGGUCAACGUCUCCGUCGAGGCGGCCAGCCUCGCCUUCUACGUCUUCGUCUUCUACAACUUCCAGCCCGUGGAGAGGAACCCGUACCUCUACGUGGCUGAAGAGGAAGAGGAGGCUGCCGGUGGGCAGCUUGAGCUGGAGGGCACGUUUGAGAUCUGAGACAUACAUAUGAUACUGUAUAUAUAUGGAUAUGGAACAAAUCUAUAUGCAUACCCGUCUCUCUAAGUUUUGUACUUAAUCACGCUACUACAUUACUUAACUGGAUAGUAGCACUACUUUUCGUUGCACGGAGCUAGCUAAUAUGUACAAAUUUCUCAUGCAAAGCUCAUGCACAUUCGUCGCUUCGAUCCCUGACAAAAAUCAAGGAUUCUGACUUA